GCCCGCGCUGCCAGUGCCCCCAGCCACUGCCCGCCCAGAAGCCAGGUGCCGCCGCCGCCUCUCUCUCCCUUUCUCUGUCUCUCUCUCGCCUGCUUCCCUCGCCCCCGGGGGAAAGGUCAGCAGCGUCCUGGAGCCACCGUGCCAUUCCCCGACAGCCAUGAACUGCAGCGAGAGCCAGCGGCUACGCACUCUCCUCAGCCGCCUGCUGCUUGAGCUGCACCAUCGGGGCAACGCCAGCGGCCUGGGCGCUGGCCCCGGCCCGAGCAUGGGAAUGGGGGUCGUGCGUGACCCGUUCGUGGGCCGCGAGGCCACCAGUGCCAAGGGCGACGACGCCUAUCUUUACAUUCUGCUCAUCAUGAUCUUCUAUGCCUGCCUGGCCGGAGGCCUCAUCCUGGCCUAUACCCGCUCCCGCAAUCUCGUCGACGUCAAGGACGAGCCCGCCCAGGCCUGUGCGGUGCACGAGUGGGCCGCCGCCGACGCCGAGACCGCAGCUGGCUCGCCCGCGGAGGGCCCCCACCCGCUAGCCCUCCGGCCGCCGCCCACUCCGGCUCCGGGCACCGCCGAGGGGGUCUAGGACCGCCGCUCCGCUUGCUUGCUUGCGCGCGCCCCCCUCGGCUCCCCACGGUCCCCCAGCGGCCUGCUCCUUCUCUCCCCUUCCAGGAGCCGCCUCACCUGAGGCCCAGACGACGACGAGAGGGCCCGCAGACCCUGUCUGGCAGGUCCUGGAAGAAGCACCACCCUACCCACCCCAGACCGCGUUCUCCCUCCUCUCCUGCCUCUCCCUCCAACCGAGGCCUCUGCUCCCACCCCACACAGCCAACUGCACUAAACUGCCUCUGCUCUCUUCAGACAGCCCUGACACCACGCUCCAGCCGCCUGGGAACUGAAUCGCACAAGUCCAGCCCUUGGCAUUGAGGUGAAGCAGUGAAGUCCAUCAGAACUCUGCUCCGGAGGCUGCCGGGACUGCUCACUCUGCGGAGCCAACGGGCGGGCCAUCCUGCCAGGCAGGCCCCAGCAGCUCCAGUUUCUUGUUGCCUUAGGGACCGAGACAGAGACAACGAAGAGACCUCAGACAUCUUUCCCCUCCCUCUUGCAGCAGGGAGCUAGCAGGACAUUAGGACCCUUUGGUGGGCUACAAUGGACUUAAUGAGGACUGAAGGGGGAGGGAAAUUCCAAGGGCAGGGGAAAGCCUAUGACCCCAACUGUAUGGCUUUCUUGCAUCCAGUUGUCAUCCCAAAGGUAACUUGCCUGAUUUUUAGCAGCUUUGCCAUCUUCCGGAGUGGGUAACAAUCGCUAGGUGUAUCACCUCAGUACCUCAAAAUGACGCCCCCCCCCCCCCCCCCCCCCCCCCCCCGCAGGUCAAUUC